AGUGGUGAUUGGAAUUGCUUUUGACUGUGUGGAGAAGAUGGUGUAUUGGACCGACAUCAGCACACCUGCCAUUAGCAAAGCUAGUCUACAAGGAGGAGAACCCGUCCACAUCAUUAAAUCAGAUCUCAGCAGUCCUGAAGGCAUCGCUAUCGACCAUUUGGGCAGAAACAUGUUCUGGACAGACUCCAUGAAGGACAGAAUUGAAGUUUCCUCAUUAGACGGAUCCCAGCGCCGUGUCUUGAUUAACACAGACCUGGUUAACCCAAGAGCCAUCCUCACCGAUCCCACCAAUGGGUGCGUGACUAACUAGAAACAA